UCACUGAAUACCAAAGUGCAUUUCAUGAACCAUUAAUUUUUACAUUUAAAAUUUUUGUGUGAAAAUGAGACGAACAACUAACUAACAAAACAACGGAACGGAAUGGAGUGGGACGAGGAAGUGAAGGAAGGGAUAGUAAAGAGGCUAAAGUGGUGGGAGCAACGCAGCAACAAGCCACCGACGGCAUGGGUAACGGAACUAAUAGAACACUUGAACACACUGGGCAUUACGUUGCCAAGUCCAGAAUUAGGGGAACUAUUAGUUUCGGAAAUGUGCUUCGACAACAACCAGCCUUCGACGUGGAAGUUGGUGCAUCACGCUCUUUCCUCGCGCCUCCUCUUCCCCCUUCAAAUACUCUCUCUUCUCUCUUCCAACGUCCUUCCUCACCGCAAUUCUCACCCUCACGCUUACGCUCUCUUCCUUCCUCUUCUCUCUCAACACCUUUUUUCUUUUCACCCCACCACGUCACUUCAAUGCAAUCUCAAGAUAGUGAGUUCUAUUGAUUCCGUGCUUCGAUUUUCGGAAACGUAUAAAAUUCCCAAUCUGGAGUUGGGACAUGUGUUUGUGCUGUUCUUUUAUAACAUUGUUGUUGCGUUGAUUGAUUGCGCCUUGCGUGAUUGGGGAUUUAAAAUGACGUUUAGUGAAAAUUCGUGUUUAGUAGCUUCAGAUGAUGAAGAGUAUAUGGAAAUUGAUCAUAACGUGGCGCAGAGUUUUGAGAAAAGUGAAUUUUAUGAACAGAUGAGGAAGCGGAAUUCGUUCACCGUGUUAGAGGUAUUGGAAAGACUAACCGAAAGCAGAAAAGCGACUAUUCUUCUGCAGUCUGUUCUCGUGAACAUGCCCGAAAAAUUCAUUUGCCUCCAGCAGAGGCUCCAAUUUCUUGAAUCCCUUGACUUGGCCUCAUCAGAAUUAAAAUUAGUAAACCAAGUCCUAAAAACGGUGUCUGCAAACACCCGUGGAGUUUCUCAUUUUGAUUACUGCCUAAGUAAGCAUCAGCUGGUUGGGAUGCUUCUUGAUGUUGGAUCCUGUAAGACAUCGUUGAGAUGCAACUACAAAUUUUGUCAGUCUCCUUGUUGGGUUCCUUUUGAUAUUUAUAUGGAGAAUGCCAUGGAUUCUAGACAAAUUCCUACCAAAUCCGCUAUUGAUGUGCUUACUGAAGGAAUCAAGACACUUCAAACGCUAAACCAGGCUAGCUGGCAAGAAACUUUUCUAGCACUUUGGCUUUCAGCCCUUCGGCUUGUGCAGCGAGAACGUGAUCCUCCUGAAGGCCCUAUUCCCCAUCUUGAGGCCCGUCUAUGUGUACUUUUAUCUAUUGUCCCCUUGGCAAUUGCAAAUGUCCUAAGGGAUGACUCUGAACUGUCUUCUGUUCAAGUGUCUAUGGAAUCAGGAUACAAACAUGAAACGAAAUGUGAUGGUUCUAGAAAACUUGGAUUGAUUUCAUCUGUUCAAGUCCUUGGGCACUUUUCUGGCCUUCUAUGUCCUCCUGCAUUAGUUGUUGAUGCAGCCAAUCAGGCAGCUAAAAACGCAGCAAGCUUCAUUUAUAACUCUAUGAAUGAAAAGGGGGAAUCUGGCAUUGGCAUUCAUGUUAAUACCAAUACAAAAGCAGGUGGGAACUUGAGGCAUCUCAUAGUGGAAGCUUGCAUCGCUAGAAAUUUAAUGGAUACAUCAGUGUACUUCUGGCCUGGUUAUCUGUCUACAUCUGUUAUGUCUUUGUCAGAUUCAUCAUCUUUAGAAAAAUCUCCAUGGUUAUUAUUUAUGGAAGGAGCACCAUUAAACAAUUCCCUUAUAAACUCUCUUACGGUGACCCCUGCCUCAAGCCUGGCAGAGAUAGAGAAGUUAUACUAUAUUGCAUUAAAUGGAUCAGAUGUGGAAAGGCCAGCAGCUGCAAAGAUUCUGUGUGGUGCAUCCCUCAGCCAAGGAUGGUAUAUUCAGGAACAUGUGGUCCACUAUGUUGUCAAGCUUCUUGCUUCUCCUGUGCCUGUUAGUCAUUCUGGAUCUUGGAGUCUUUUGGUUGAUAACAUGCCCAUGCUAAGUGCUGUCCUUCGUGGAGCUUCCUGUGUUGAUACUGUUCAUAUACUUUCUUUACAUGGUGUUGUCCCCGCAGUUGCUGCUGCUUUAUUGCCACUUUGUGAGGCAUUUGGUUCAAUUAAACCGACUUCAAAUAGCACUGCCGAGGAGUCUUCAACAUCAACAUCAACAUACAUGACAUUUUCUUUAGCAUUUCUUUUCCUUAUUCGUUUAUGGAAAUUCUGUAGACCCCCUUUUGACCUGUGCAUCACCGAAUUAGGAGUUAUAGUUGGAGGUUUGGAGUAUAUUUUGUCAUUGCACAAUAAUCGUGCCAUGUUUUCCCAAGAUAAGCUGAAAAGCAAUCCAGGUCGCUUUGAGUCAGCAUCUGUUAAACCUGUAUAUAUUGAUUCAUUUCCAAAAUUACGGGCCUUGUACUGUCAAUACAAAUCUUGCGUUGCUUCAGCCCUUUCUGGCCUUUCUACAGGAAAUUCUGUUCAUCAAACUGCUAAUAUGAUCUUAAGCAUGAUUUACCAGAAGAUGACCAAAUGUGGAAUGUCAUCAAGUAAUUCUUCACCAACUAGCAGUAAUGCAUGUAGCUCCGUCAUAAAUUCUGGUGAAGAUGCUUUUCAAAGGCCUAUGCUUCCUGCUUGGGAAGUACUGGAAGCACUUCCUGUUGUCCUUGAAUCAAUUUUAACUGCUUGUGUUCAUGGGAGGCUUUCAUCUCGAGACUUGACAACAGGUCUUAGAGACCUUGUUGAUUUUCUUCCAGCAUCGCUUGCUGCCAUUAUUGAUUACUUUUCUUCAGAAGUUACUCGUGGUGUAUGGAAACUGGUUCCAAUGAAUGGAACCGAUUGGCCUAGUCCAGCAGCAGUUCUUCAAUCAAUUGAAUCAGAAAUAAAAGCUAUAUUGACAUAUGUUGGUGUUGAGGUUCCAAACUGUUCUUCUGGAGGUUCACCAGUAAUGCUUCCUUUACCAAUGGCAGCUCUUGUCAGUUUAUCCAUUACUUUUAAACUUGACAAGAGCCUGGAGUAUAUCCAUGCUAUUACCGGAGCAGCUUUGGAAAAUUGUGCAUCGGGCUGCCCUUGGCCUAGCAUGCCGAUAAUUGGCUCUCUAUGGGCCCAAAAGGUUCGCCGUUGGCACAACUUCAUUGUUGUAUCAUGUUCCCGUUCUGUGUUUAGACAUAAUAAUGAGUCUGUUGCUCAGCUAUUGAGAAGUUGUUUCUCCUCAUUCCUUGGAACAUUGUGUGUUUCAACCUCAAAGCUGACUGCUGAGUGUAGUGUGAAUGGCCUGUUGGGUAGCAGCAUUACUGCCCCUGGUGCCUAUCCGUAUGUUGCACCAGGAUUCCUUUUCCUUCGUUCCUGUCGAAAUAUACACAAUGUGCAGUAUCUAAACGAUAUAAUUGUGGGUCUUGUGACAGAGUACUCUAAUGAAUUAGCUGGCAGAAGGACAGGUGCCGGCUCUCGCCACUUAAAAUCCAAUGAAGUAUCACUAUCCCUAGCUGCUCAAAGUGCAAAAGAGGUGGCAAUGCUUGGUGCAAGUCUUUUAUGUGCAGCAGGUGGUCUACAACUGGUCCAGGAAUUGUACAAAGAGACUAUUCCUACCUGGCUGCUGUCAUCAAGGGAUGUGAAGCAGAACAGUGAUUCUGUUGUGUCCUAUAUACUUGAGGGUUAUGCUAUGGCAUAUCUGUUGAUUUUGUCUGGGUCAAUUAUAUGGGGUGUUGGGACCAAGUUACCAUCGGGAACAUUCACUAGAAGGAAUCGUACCAUUGAUGUCCAUUUGGACUUCUUGGCAGAAGUCAUGGAGAAGAAAAUUUCACUCAAUUGCAAUCCUAUUACAUGGAAAACUUAUGUCUGUUGUUUAGUGGGAUUAAUUGUUAGUCUUGCACCAGCAUGGAUUCAAGAAGUGAAGGUGGACACUUUGAGGAAAUUGGCACGUGGAUUAAGUAGAUGGAAUGAACAUGAACUGGCAUUUUCUUUACUACAUAGAGGGGGGACGGCAGCUAUGGGAGCUCUUGCUGAACUUGUUAAUGUGGUUGAGUCUGAACAUAUGAUGCCGCGCUAUAGUUGAAUGUCUGAAAAUAUGAUGUCAAAAUUGCUCAAGAGAAAAUAGCAAAGUAUACUCUUGGAUUCUACAAGUGAGAUGGGACUUACUAUUUUCUCUCAAUCAUUAUAGAAUGGACUGUAGAGUCGUCACCGUAAUGUGCUGCACCAUAAGCCUAGGCACUGAUGAAAUUCUUUUUAGAAAUAAAAAGGAUUGCUCAUGAAAAAUUUUAAAUCUGUCUGUCUGAUACUUAUAUUUAGAUAUUAUUUAAGACUUUCAUCGGUUCAUGUAUUAAUCAAAUGCCACCAAUGUUUAAUUGAUUUUGAAAAACAAAAAAGGAAAAAAUAAGCGAAACAAAGAGGUUGUAACUUACGUGGGAAUCGAGACUGAGAGUCGAGACUGGGAAAUAGUUAUGCACAUUGCAGUUGUAUCUUUCAAUUAAGGGAAAUUUCAAAAAAUUUGUU